AUGGCAGAUCAGCAGUCGAAACCCCAGCCAAAUAGGCUCCCCUCCCUCGGUCAACUCGCAGCUCGCAUAAAUAACGCUCAUACCAAUGGGGCCGCUACACCUCCCGCUCCAGCGAAUGCAGCAGCCCGACCACGACUUUCCGCAUUCACUCUUCGGACCAACUCGACGACGUCGGUCGCCUCCACCAACGAUUCGAUUGCAGUCAAUGCACCUUCAACUCGAUCCGUUUCACCCUCUGCACUCAGCUCUUCCUCCAGAUCUGGCACACCCUCAAAUGAGACGGCAGUCCCUGGUGGAGAUGCUGAUUUGACGUCAGAAAAGCUUGAGAAGCUGAACCUAGAAACGGCGCCUGUAGAGAAGAAAGGAACACCACGAGUCGGCUACAAAAAUAUUCCUAGUCUGGACGCCAUCACAGCUCGUCUUGCAAAGACCCGUGCUCUUAGCAUCGACGGCACCGCAAAGCCACCCGAACCAGAGAUGAUAGAGGAUCCGAAAACGCCGGGAUUUCCGAUGAAGGCCCCAGAACAUCCUCUCGAGUAUCCUUGGACCAUCUACCACGACACCAAGGCCAAGGUCCCAUUUACCCCUGCCACUGCCCAACCCACCCCCAAUCCGACCUCGUCGCCUUCCGCUGGUCAGGAAACUUUCCCCUCGGCACACACAGAGUCGAACGACUAUGAAGCAGGGCUGACGGUGGUCGGAGAGUUCUCAACUGUAGAAGAGUUCUGCCGUUACUUCAACUGGCUCAAGCCACCAUCACACCUUGAGCGCAAUUCAAACUACCAUCUUUUCAAGUCAGGCAUUAAGCCGAUGUGGGAAGACGAGGCCAAUGCUAACGGUGGCAAAUGGGUUUUGACGAUGAAAAACAAUCCGCAACUGCUCGAUAGAUGUUGGAACUGGCUAGCCAUGGCGUUGGUCGGAGAAGAACUGGAAGAGGGUCAAGACUUGAUUUGUGGCGCUGUUGUUAGCCUGCGUAGCAAGGUGGACCGGAUUCAGGUCUGGACAAGAAUCAAGGACGAUGUAGAGCGCCUGAACGCCAUCGGCAAGAAGCUUGUUAAGCUUCUUGACGUCUCUGAAGCAGACGGUAUUGGACUGGAGUUCCAGUUCAACACUGACGAUCGCCCGCUGCCCAACAAGUUCCUCUCCAUCCAAUCGAUGCCGAUGACGUCUUAUCGACCCACAUUCCAACCGGGGACAGGGCGUAUGGGUGGACAUGGUCGCACAGAGUCAGUCGGCGCCAAUGGCUCGCCAUAUACCCCCAUUGAACCCAGUGUACCUGCGAGCGCUGGCCCUGGUGGCGCUUUUGGCAGCUUUGGUAUUGGCAUCGGAGGAAACGCAGCCUGGAGGGCAAAGGCACGACAAGGCGCAUGA